GGAGGUGAUGGAGGUAGCGAGAGAGAGGUAGAGGCAGGUCUAGAGCAGCCGGCGGGACAACCCGGUCGCAACGGGCGCGUACAAACGUAUCAUGCUGGGUAGGGCCGGUGCCGAGAUGCCGGCUUGUAAACGAAACCAGUUUGCUAUCCGAUACGAUCCAGGCAACAGCGGCCUCGCGUGAUAUCCCCACGACGUGGAAGAGCGUCAGCGUGCCUGGCCUAGGGUGGGUGUUACCUGAAGUGACCUGGAGGACAAUCGCGCGGACUCAACCGAGAUAGCUGUUCUCGAUCAACAUUGGAGAACCUGCGACAUGAUCCUAUGCCGAUCCACAACGUUGCCACGAAUCGUUCGGAAGUUAUCAUCGAGUUGAUCAAUGACGUAUCGAGGAACGAGCAUCCGCGGAAGCAGUCAGUUGUCUCGCGAGCGACUCUGUUUUACGAAAGACGAAAACUUCUCCUGUAUUGUCUCUCUAGACGUCUCGGGAUCCGCAUCAAUUUUUACUUGCGGAUUGUAGGAUUCUACAGUGCCAAUAGUGACAUAAAUAAUCUGUCAGUGAUCGUUGCAUUUGUUUGUGAUGAGCAAACGUGUCGCGCGUGACCUCGACGAAUCAUGAAAAGGUCCAGGAGCAAGUAUAAAUCGAAGCCCCGUGCUUCCUGAGUCGCGACAAGUCCAGGUGACGGUGCCGAGACACCGAGACCCCAGACCACACCGCAUCAUCAGACUUGGUGAAUCGCGAAGAGACCGCCGCUCCUCAGGGAAGAUGUCCGCCGCUGGCACAACGCCGCCGAACGCGAACGGUCCGCUCGUACCUGCUCCGAUAUUUGCCCUGCCGACGUUGUCUUUUUCUGUCAACCAGGUGGCCGCGGUCUGCGAGACGCUGGAAGAGAGCGGUGACAUUGAGAGAUUGGCCAGGUUCUUAUGGAGUCUCCCAGUUGCUCAUCCCAACGUCCAAGAGCUAAACCAGAGCGAGGCCGUUCUGAGGGCGCGUGCCAUCGUGGCGUUUCACUCGGGUCACUACCGGGAGCUCUACGCUAUCUUGGAAAGACAUAAAUUCACCAAGGAUUCCCACGGUAAGCUGCAAGCCAUGUGGCUGGAGGCGCACUACCAGGAGGCUGAGAAACUUCGCGGUCGGCCACUAGGUCCCGUGGACAAGUAUCGUGUCCGGAAGAAAUUUCCAUUACCGAGGACAAUUUGGGACGGCGAGCAGAAAACGCAUUGCUUCAAGGAAAGGACCAGAUCGCUUCUGAGGGAAUGGUAUCUUCAGGAUCCUUAUCCGAAUCCGGGCAAAAAGAGAGAGCUGGCCGCCGCGACGGGACUCACGCCGACGCAGGUCGGGAAUUGGUUCAAGAACAGGAGGCAGAGGGAUCGUGCUGCUGCAGCGAAAAACAGCAGAAUGCAGCAACAAUCAGGUCAAGGAAAUGGAAACGCUCGGCGCACUCUGAGCCCCGGGCCCGGGGGUAGCAGUACCGAGGACUCGGAUAUUUCUCUCGGAGGAACAUCGCCGCCAUCGCCAAGUUCCUCGCCACCGCCGAACCACCAGCCGUCCCCGGUACCCCUUGGGUCUCUCGGACCUUUGCCACCUCCUUCCUUAAAUUUCCGUUUCGAUCCUACGCAGCCGCACUUUCGAUUCGGCCAUACGACGGCUUUCAAGUUCCCGCCGACGAGCUUCCGAUUCGGACCGCACAGUCCGCAGCCCAAUCAUCCGAAUAUGCCGGGUGGGGGAAUUUUCAGGUUCGCGGAGUCCAGUCCUUUCCAAGCCGUAGGGCCCAGAGGUGAUUCAACGACGAGAUUGCCAGAUCCACUAGGACUACCACCGCCGAGACUCCAUCCACACGAAGGCCUGCUACACCACCCGCACUCGCAGCACCAGUUGUCCGAAGGAAUAUCGAGGAUAUCCGAAACGUCGCGGCUGUCCGACGGCGGGCUAUCCCGGCUGUCAGACAGCUUAUCGGAAGCCCACAGCCCGCCACUGAUACCAGCGAACCUAUCGGUCACAGGUCCGCUGAGGGUGGCUGUACCUAGUCCGCACACACCCUCGUCCCGAGGCAGCCCGCCCCCUCGGCAGCCAACACCUCAAAGUCAGUCCCAAGAUCAGGGACUGAUAAGGGUCGCAACCCCGCCGCCGCCACCGCCGCCGAAUCCGAGACCGCAAAUCCACAGACCUUUCUCGCCCGCGUGAUACGACAAGGACGAUGACGAAUCGGAGGACGGCACGGACAAUCGUCCGACGUUGAGAAAAAGCUAUCGGUACGACGGCGACGUCGCGAGCGAGCGUUUCGAGGUGUUGUGAAGGCGACUAGUUGAAGAAGCUAGUUGACAAACUGACUUUGAAAAUGAUCCACACGGAUCGACAAAUGUCGCGAAAUGUGAUUGUGUUUAGAAAAUUGUAAGUGAACAACGUGAUUUCGUAACUGCGUUACGAUACGCCGAGCAAGUACGUUUCGUACUUUUGUGAAGACUGACUGAACGAAUGAAGCAGAGGUUCGAGUACACUGGAGUUAUCACACGAAGAUUGGUCAAAGAUCAAUGUAAAAUGAACCGGUAUCCAAUGAGACGACCUCCCUUCGCAGCAACGCCGAUCAGCAUCGCUGAAACCCAGAUCUGAGGGUUUGUAAAAACGAUUGACGCAUACGUGAGACUAAAUCAACGAUACUAAUACGUAGAAAUAUUGCUGAAAAUAGUACGGAAAUACGGAAAGUUACUAUGCCGUAGAUCUUAGAGAGAAUCCAUUUGGUGACGUGUGACACUCGAAGAAACAGUUUCCGAUGCACUCUCGUGAAACGCGAGACUAAUAGAAAGGACUUUUCAGAAGAAGCGAGUGGGAGCUCAUUAAAUAAGUGCAAUCUGUCGGAUUCGAAAACAAAUUGGAUGGUCAGAGUGUGUACAUAACUUUAGACGUUUUCGACUUGUCCGUUCGUCGAAGCCCAAGAACCAGAUGCAGUGAGUCUCAUUAGUCUGUAAAUAGCGUCGCCUUUCAGCUGAUGAUUUUAUCGCGAAAGAUCCUCGAAAUUAAUUAAUAGAUUGUUAAAUCCAAUUUAAUGAUUUUCACGAAAAAAGUAAAUAUAUUUUCAGAAAUGUAUCUCCAAAUAGUCCCUUUAAAGCCUUAUCAAAAUUUUCAAAAUUGAUGGAAUUUUUUGAAUACAUUUUUUAAUAAAUUUUUUCUAUGAUGAAAGUAUUUACUUAUUUUGUGAAAAUCCUCUAUUACGCCAGCGUUCAAGAUGUUCAAGUGGCAAUACAGUUUACAAGAUAAUGAUGUUAAACUCGGUACAGCAGUGAUCUCAGAUUCAGAUUGAUGCAGGCCACACGAAUCCCCAACAUUUAGCCACCGGAGAUCACUGCACUGCGAUAACGAUACCGAAAAUAUAAUAUUCGCUAUCGCAAUCCGAUGCGCGCAAUUCUUUUUUCUUCCUCAAACUGAACGAAACCGCACAAUAAUUGCACGUCACUCUCUGAUCUAUUAAUUACAUUACUGACAUUACACCAACAAAGCUCAUUUUCCGUCUGACUUAAUUAUAUCCUCUUCUUUUAUCUUAAUAGAUAUUUUCAUCUUCGGUGUUAAUGGAUCUAUGCUACCAGAUAUCUUAGUAUAAAUUUCAGAUUUUCCGAAAUUUUAUAUAAAGCAUUAAAAUUCUUGUGAUUCUAUCUUUAUCCAUAUUCUUCACUCUGAUUUAUAAAUUUAGCUUAUAAAAAAAGCAAUACAUUUCUUCAGAAUUUCUUAUUAUGCUGUUUUAAUACAUUUACUUGUCACACACACACACACACACACACACACACACACACACACACGUGCGCGCGCGCGCGGAAAAAGCCAAAAAUAUAUUCUCGCAAUUUCUCCGUAAUCUUUGGUUCCUUCUUUUAUAAAUUCACGAUACUUCAAGAUUUUGGGACCUCAAUUACGUUUGUAGCGUGAUCAUUCAUAUGCCAGUUACUCACGUUAUUAAUAUAUUUAUGUACAUAUGUACUAUUGUAUUAUAUUAUUGUAAUAUCUCUCGUGUGGAGAUUAAAAGAAACUGACACUCUGAAUAAAACAGCAAGUCUAAUCCAAACGCAAUACGCGAUUUAUUCUGUAAACGAGUGCUAAAUGCUAAGAAAUCCACAAGAAACGAGUCAAUUCGGUUCCUCCCGCCAAUUCCCUCCUUGUUAGGCUAAGUAGAAUCUAGCGACUUUGUAUAUUUCACUAAUAGACUGGCUCUUUGGGAAAGACUUGUGUUACUCCGGGGAAGAAGAGUAAUAAAAGAGAGUUUCGAGGCCGGGUAUGGCCAAAUCGAUCCUAUCAAGCAUCGAGACGAUAGAAGCUCACGCUUUCGCCCUUCUCUUUGUAGAUAGACUCGUUUAGCGAAAUUCUUGCGUAAUCUAUCCUAUAAAUAUGAACAUAUUACACAGUACGUAUAUAUUAUACGUAUUAAUAUAAAUAUAUAUAGUAUAUAUAUACAGAUAUAUAUACAUAUAUAUAUAUAUACGCAUAUUAUAGACUUACGCGUAGAGGCUUAUAUAAUUUAAAGAUUACCGAAUUAUACAUAUAUAAAUAUAUGAAGAAGAAAUGAAGCGCAUUAUUAUUAUUAUUGAUAUUAUUAAUAUUAAUAAUAUUAUUAUUAUUUGCGCCUGUACAUACAUUCGCGCGAAAAUAUAUUAACAGAUUAUUAUGACAUUA